GCAGGCCCUCUGACGUAUUUCCGGUAGUACCAGGUUACAUUUAGCCUCAGUGAAGCUCCUCUUCCUCUUUUUAACCUUCAGUUUCUUUAAAAUCGAUCAUUUUUACCUCUACAGUCAGACUUUUAUCUCUCUACAGCUCAGACUCUCGUCCUCACUUCGUGUCACUCCGGGUUUAGUCGUUUUUUUCCGGGUUUUUCCGUCGACUGGUCUGCCCUCAGUUCGUGCUAACGUCAGCCCAGCAGCUCGUCAAGAGUCGAUUAAUCGGUGAUAAAGUCAUGGAUCAAACAGGAGUCGAAGCUCAAACAACAAAGGUAAGUUUAGUUUAUUAAUGAAGCUGUUUAUUCUUUAAUGUUGAGUUUGUUUAAACUGAAAUUAAGACGGAAUUUAGCGUUAGCAUGUUAGCUUCGAUCAUUAUCGAACAACACGGCCUUAGGACCUCAGACCCUCAGACCGGUCCUUCUGGGUCUGAGUCAGGCCUCUUGGGUCUGAGUCUGGUCCUCCUGGGUCUGAGUCAGUCCUCCCGGGUCUCGGUCCGGUCCUUUAAAGGUCUUAGAAAGUUCUGGACUGAUGAUCUAAUCAGAGAAAAUAAACCCACAUAUGAAAGACUCUGUAGGACUCUCCAGAGUCCAGCUGUCUGGACUUUGAAGAAACCUGGUCCUGGGUCAGUCCUGGUCCUGGGUCAGUCCUGGUCCUGGUCCUGGGUCAGUCUGUCAGUGAAACAUGGAGGUAAAAAAAAAAGAGUCUGUAAAAUUAUUAAAGUAAAAAUGACAGAAAUCAGAACAAACAGACUGAUCAACACAUGUUGUUGUUGUUGUUAUUAUUAUUAUUGUUAUAAUAAUAAUAAUAAUAAUUAUUAUUAUUAUUAUAAAUGUUAUUUAAUUAUCUCAUGUUUUAAACUGUUGUGUAAUUAAAUUAGGGGUCAAAGGUCGUCAUAUAGACGCUCAGGUGAUUUCAGGUCAUCUUAGUAUCCCUCAGGUGCAGUUUUAAUUAGAGGAUGAUGUCACAGGGGGGCGUGGUCAGGCAGAGACAUGUCUGGACUUGUCUCAGUGUUACUGUCUGUUAAAGUCACAGUAGGGAGUUUUCGUGUCAUUAAUGAUGAAAUGAGAUGAUGAAGAUGUGAAAUAAAGAGAAUAAUGAUAAUAACAGUAUAAAACACAGAAGUACAAACAUAUAAAGUAAAAACCCAAAGUUGUCAAACUCCUGAUUAUUAUUUUCAUGAACCUUUGUAAAGACGUGUUAACUCCUCCUCCUCCUCCUCUUCAUCACUCGCUCUGGAGUCUUCCUCCUGCCGUCUUCUAGAUUAACUUUAGUUCUCCUUAAACGCCUCCAUCCUCCACACGCUGGUCUGUGACCCUCGCUCUGAACGCCGUGUCCCUAAAUAAAGAUCAGCUGCUGUUUUUAAAGUGACCUGGACUGACCCGGGUCAUCGAGGCGAGGAGAAUAACGAGGUUUUUAACUUUUCAGAGCCCCUGGGGUUCAGCUGCUCCGCCCGCUCCGACCUGCUCUCUGACCGACGUGAUGAGUGAACAGCUGGCCAAACAGCUGGACGAGGAGAACAACGCCUUCGCCGACCUCACUGAGUACGAGCAGAGAGUGUGUGUGUGUGUGUGUGUGCGUGUGUGUGUCUGUGUGAGUGUGUGUGUGUGAGUGUGUGUACUCCUCAGGACUGAGUGAAAACCUGAAACCCGCUCCUGUCACUAACGUUAACAUUAUUGACCUUGACGUUAUCAUGAAGGUCAUUUUCACAUGUGCCCCCCCCCCCCCACAGUCCGACUGCAGACCUCCUGCGGAGCGACGAAGUCAGCGACACGACCAGUGACCUGAUGUUGGCUCAGAUGCUGCAGAUGCAGUUUGACCGAGAGUACGACGACCAGCUCCGCCGCGAGGAGAAGAAGUUCAACGGAGACAGUAAAGGUAGGGACAGAGGGACAUGAAGGACCUUCACAGACCCCCAGAGACCCUUACAGACCUUCACAGACCUUCACAGACCCUCAGAGACCCUCAUAGACCUUCACAGACCCUCACAGACCUUCACAGACCCUCACAGACCCUCACAGACCUUCACAGACCCUCACAGACCCUCACAGACCUUCACAGACCUUCACAGACCCUUACAGACCUUCACAGACCUUCACAGACCCUCAGAGACCCUCACAGACCUUCACAAACCCUCACAGACCCUCACAAACCCUCACAGACCUUCACAGACCCUCACAGACCCUCACAGACCCUUAGAGACCCUCAGAGACCUUCACAGACCCCGAGAGACCUUCACAGACCUUCACAGACCUUCACAGACCCUCACAGACCUUCACAGACCCUCACAGACCUUCACAGACCCUCACAGACCCUCACAGACCCUCACAGACCCUUAGAGACCCUCAGAGACCCUCAGAGACCUUCACAGACCCUCACAGACCCUCACAGACCUUCACAGACCCUCACAGACCCUCAGAGACCUUCACAGACCUUCACAGACCUUCACAGACCCUCACAGACCCUCAGAGACCCUCACAGACCUUCACAGACCUUCACAGACCCUCACAGACCCUCACAGACCUUCACAGACCCUCACAGACCUUCACAGACCUUCACAGACCCUCAGAGACCUUCACAGACCUUCACAGACCCUCAGAGACCCUCACAGACCUUCACAGACCCUCACAGACCUUCACAGGCCCUCAGAGACCCUCACAGACCUUCACAGACCCUCACAGACCCUCAGAGACCUUCACAGACCUUCACAGACCCUCAGAGACCCUCACAGACCUUCACAGACCCUCACAGACCCUUAGAGACCUUCACAGACCCUCAGAGACCUUCACAGACCCUCACAGACCUUCAGAGACCUUCAGAGACCUUCACAGACCUUCACAGACCUUCACAGACCCUCAGAGACCCUCACAGACCUUCACAGACCCUCACAGACCUUCACAGACCUUCACAGACCCUCACAGACCUUCACAGACCCUCACAGACCCUCACAGACCCUCACAGACCUUCACAGACCCUCACAGACCCUCACAGACCUUCACAGACCCUCACAGACCUUCAGAGACCUUCACAGACCUUCACAGACCUUCACAGACCCUCACAGACCCUCAGAGACCUUCACAGACCUUCACAGACCCUCACAGACCUUCACAGACCCUCACAGACCCUCAGAGAGCUUCACAGACCCUCACAGACCUUCACAGACCCUCACAGACACUCACAGACCCUCACAGACCUUCACAGACCUUCACAGACCCUCAGAGACCCUCACAGACCCUCACAGACCUUCACAGACCUUCACAGACCCUCAGAGACCCUCACAGACCCUCACAGACCUUCACAGACCUUCACAGACCCUCACAGACCCUCACAGACCUUCACAGACCCUCACAGACCCUCACAGACCCUUAGAGACCUUCACAGACCCUCACAGACCUUCACAGACCCUCAGAGACCCUCACAGACCUUCACAGACCCUCACAGACCCUCACAGACCUUCACAGACCCUCAGAGACCUUCACAGACCCUCACAGACCUUCACAGACCUUCACAGACCUUCAGAGACCUUCACAGACCUUCACAGACCCUCACAGACCCUCACAGACCUUCACAGACCCUCAGAGACCCUCACAGACCUUCACAGACCCUCACAGACCUUCACAGACCCUCACAGACCCUCAGAGACCUUCACAGACCCUCACAGACCCUCACAGACCUUCACAGACCCUCACAGACCCUCACAGACCCUUAGAGACCUUCACAGACCCUCAGAGACCUUCACAGACCCUCACAGACCCUCACAGACCUUCACAGACCCUCACAGACCCUCAGAGACCUUCACAGACCCUCACAGACCUUCACAGACCCUCAGAGACCUUCACAGACCCUCACAGACCCUCACAGACCCUCACAGACCUUCACAGACCUUCACAGACCCUCACAGACCUUCACAGACCUUCACAGACCCUCACAGACCUUCACAGACCACCUUAUUACUGAGUCUGUCUCUUCUUGUCCAUCAGUGUCCAUCUCCUUCGAGAACUACCGUAAAGUCCACCCCUAUGAGGACAGCGACAGCUCUGAGGACGAGGUGGACUGGCAGGACACCAGACACGACCCCUACAAGGCCGGUAAGAACCGGGUCAGAACCCCGGACUCCUCUGGUCCUGGUGUUCCGGAUCAGAACCUCAGAGAAGAAGAACAUUAAAACACUUUCUGUAACAAAAACAGUUUUUUUUUAAAUUAAAUUAAAAACCUUCAAAAUAAAAUCCUUUAAAAUCAGAGUUCAUGAACUGAAACGAACACAUGAAUUCACCCGUUCAUAAACCAGAGAAUUUCUCCAGCAUGUUCAGGCCCCAUUUUAACGCAGUCAUAGAGUUUAAUAAUCAAUAAAUACGUUAAAAAUCCACAUCAGGAAACAGGAACUUUAACGUCUGUGUGAACGUCAGCGUAAUCUUUGCUAAAACUCGGCAACAGGAAACUCGACUAAACUUCGUUAAAACCUUAAAAAGGAACUUCGUAAAAAUUUACGAGAGAAAAGAAGAAAAAACGACCGACCAGGAACUUUAAACAACGCCGAGAGAUCGUGAUCGUGACUUUACGAAUCGUUUUAUUGUUCGUUUACGACGAACUUCAGUGAAAUUUCCUUUCAAAAUAAGAGCAUCAGUCUCUGUUCUAUUACUUACAGGAAGUGAAAUCACAGCAAAUAGAGAUUGUACUUUCAAAAUAAGACUGAAGAUACCGACACAUCAUUUCCAGUCUCCACCCUCAGACUGAUGGACCCUCCAGAAUAAGAGUCUAGAUGUUCAGGUGGUUCAGGAACUCCGAUCUGAAGAGGGGUUCUGCUGACGGCCCGGUUCAGAAAAGUCCAGAACUGUUGAUGAUCAGUGAGGAGGACUGGAACCUUUAAGACCAGCUCUGAGGAGGAUCAGUCCGCUGGUCCAGGUUCAGGUUGAGUCCAGGUUCAGUUUUAGUCCAGGUUCAGUUUUAGUCCAGGCUCAGCUUUAGUCCAGGUUCAGGUCUAGUCCAGGUUCAGGUCUAGUCCAGGUUCAGGUUUAGUCCAGGCUCAGGUUUAGUCCAGGCUCAGGUUUAGGUUUAGUCCAGGUUCAGGUUUAGUUCAGGUUCAGGUUUAGUCCAGGUUCAGGUUUAGUCCAGGCUCAGGUUUAGUCCAGGCUCAGCUUUAGGUCUAGUCCAGGUUCAGUUUUAGUCCAGGCUCAGCUUUAGUCCAGGUUCAGGUCUAGUCCAGGUUCAGUUUUAGUCCAGGUUCAGGUCUAGUCCAGGUUCAGGUUUAGUCCAGGUUCAGGUCUAGUCCAGGUUCAGGUCUAGUCCAGGUUCAGGUUUAGUCCAGGUUCAGGUCUAGUCCAGGCUCAGGUCUAGUCCAGGUUCAGGUUUAGUCCAGGUUCAGGUCUAGUCUAGGUUCAGGUUUAGUUCAGGUUCAGGUCUAGUCCAGGUUCAGGUUUAGUCCAGGCUCAGGUUUAGGUCUAGUCUAGGUUCAGGUUUAGUUCAGGUUCAGGUCUAGUCCAGGUUCAGGUUUAGUCCAGGCUCAGGUUCAGGUCUAGUCUAGGUUCAGGUUUAGUCCAGGUUCAGGUCUAGUCCAGGUUCAGGUUUUAUUCCAGGUUCAGGUCUAGUCCAGGUUCAGGUUUAGUCCAGGUUCAGGUUUAGUCCAGGUUCAGGUCUAGUCCUCUCAUGACGAUCCUUUCUCUGUGUUUUUUUCGACCAAUCAGAUAAGCCGCAGACGACGCCCAGGAGAGGCUUCACCGGCAAAGGCAAGAACAUCACCACCAAACACGACGAGGUGGCGUGUGGACGCAAGAACACGGCGCGCAUGGACAACGUAAGACACUGUCCCCGCCCCCCAGAAAGAGUCUGGUGGUCUCGGACCCUCUGGUUCCUCCUCUGGUUCCUCCUCUGGUUCCUCCUCUUUAUUCUGAGCCGACAGUUUUAACGAUCAGAAAGUCUCACCAGCUCAGAGUUCUGAUUAAAACCUCUCUGUCUCCUGUAGUUCUCUGUCAUUUUAGCUCCGCCCACCCUCCUUUGUCAGCCAAUAGACUUCCAUUAAAAACAGUUUUUUUAAGUGUUUGUUUACAGUCGAAAAUCUGACGUCCAAGUUCUUCAGAGUGGGACAGAGAAAGGGGGGACAUUUGGACAAUUUCAGCUUUGUCUUCACUUCAGAGCAGGAGGAUGGACAUGAUCACAUGAUCUCUGUGAAUCUGAACUCUGCUCCACCCUCCUCUCCUCUCCUCCUCUCUUCUCCUCCUCUCCUCCGCUCCUCCUCCUCCUCUCCUCCUCCUCCUCCUCCUUCUCCUCCUCCUCUCCUCCUCUCCUCCUUCUCCUCCUCUCCUCUUCUCCUCUCCUCCUCUCCUCUUCUCCUCCUUCUCCUCCUCCCCUCCUCUCCUCUCCUCCUCCUCCUCCUCCCCUCCUCCCCUCCUCUCCUCCUCUCCUCCUCUCCUCCUCCUCUCCUCCUCUUCUCCUCUCCUCCUCCUCCUCCUCCUCCUCCUCUCCUCCUCUCCUCUUCUCCUCCUUCUCCUCCUCCCCUCCUCUCCUCUCCUCCUCCUCCUCCUCCCCCCCUCUCCUCUCCUCUUCUCCUCUCCUCCUCUCCUCUCCUCUCCUCCUCUCCUCCCCUCCUCCUUCUCCUCCUCCUCCUCCUCUCCUCCCCUCCUCCUUCUCCUCCUCCUCCUCCUCCUCUCCUCCUCUCCUCUCCUCUCCUCCUCCUCCUCUCCUCUCCUCCUCCCUCUCAGUUCGCCCCUGAGGUCCACGUCGGCGAUGGUCUUGGCAUGGACCUGAAGUUGUCCAAUCAGGUCUUCAACUCCCUGAAGCAGCACUGCUACAGCGAGCAGAGACGCAGCGCCAGACUCCACGAGAAGAAGGAGCACUCCACCGCCGUAGGUCCACAGACCAGGAGAUUAACGGUCCGUCACGGACGCCGCCGUCCCCGUCUCUGACCCUCUACUGUGUCUCCGCAGGAACAAGCCGUGGACCCUCGCACCCGCCUGCUCAUGUAUAAGAUGGUGAACGCCGGAACGCUCGACCACAUCAACGGCUGCAUCAGCACCGGGAAAGAGUCGGUGGUCUUCCACGCCAACGGAGGGAGGUGAGAACCGGGUUCUGGUGUUCUGGUGGGUUUGGGUCGAAAUGAUUCUUAGUUAUUGACGAGGUAAAGUGGGACCGCCAUCGGAGGAGAGGGUCACCGUCACACCUGUCGUACCUGAGCAAAGGUCAGAGGUGGGGUCUAAGAUUCUGACCCUGUGUUUGUGCGUCAGUCUGGAGGAGGAGCUGGUCCCUGAUGAGGUGGUUCUGAAGGUCUUCAAGACGACCCUGAACGAGUUCAAGAACAGAGACCGCUACAUCAAAGACGAUUACCGCUUCAAGGAGCGCUACAGCAAACUGAACCCGCGCAAGAUCAUCCGCCUGUGGGCCGAGAAGGAGAUGCACAACCUGAGCAGGUGAGAAGAUCCGCUGAGAGGGUUCACCUGAAGGUGCUGAUGGAGGAGGAAGGAGGAGGAGGAGGAGUCCGCUUCAUGACAGCUGAGUGUGUGUGUGUGUGUGUGUGUGUGUUCAGGAUGAAGAAGGCCGGGAUCCCCUGUCCUGACGUGGUCCUCCUGAAGAAACACAUCCUGGUCAUGUCCUUCAUCGGUAAAGAUCACGUUCCUGCUCCUAAACUCAAAGACGUCUCUCUGAGCUCCGACGACAUGAAGGACGCCUUCUACCAGGUCCUUCAGGUGAGGACCAGGAACCACUCAGGAACCACUCAGGAACCAUUCAGACACUUUGAAGUGUGUGUGUUAACUCUGUGUGUGUGUGUGUGUGUGUGUGUGUGUGUGUGUGUGUGUGUGUGUGUGUGUGUGUUUCCAGUUGAUGCAGCUGCUCUAUCAGGAGUGUAACCUGGUUCAUGCUGAUCUCAGCGAAUACAACAUGCUGUGGCACCAAGGAAAGGUUCGAACCAGGGACAUCUGUCCAUCCUCUCUCCUUCUCUUUCCUCCUCUCCUCUGUCCUUCUCUUUCCUCCUCUCCUCUGUCCUUCUCUUUCCUCCUCUCCUCUCUCCUUCUCUUUCCCCCUCUCCUCUCUCCUUCUCUUUCCUCCUCUCUCCUUCUCUUUCCUUCUCUCCUCUGUCCUUCUCUUUCCUCCUCUCCUCUGUCCUUCUCUUCCCUCCUCUCCUCUCUCCUUCUCUUUCUUCCUCUCCUCUCUCCUUCUCUUUCCUCCUCUCCACUCUCCUUCUCUUUCCUCCUCUCCUCUCUCCUUCUCUUCCCUUCUCUCCUCUCUCCUUCUCUUUCCUCCUCUCCUGUGUCCUUCUCUUUCCUCCUCUCCUCUCUCCUUCUCUUUCUUCCUCUCCUCUCUCCUUCUCUUUCCUCCUCUCCUCUCUCCUUCUCUUUCCUCCUCUCCUCUCUCCUUCUCUUCCCUUCUCUCCUCUCUCCUUCUCUUUCCUCCUCUCCUGUGUCCUUCUCUUUCCUCCUCUCCUCUCUCCUUCUCUUUCUUCCUCUCCUCUCUCCUUCUCUUUCCUCCUCUCCUCUGUCCUUCUCUUUCCUCCUCUCCUUCUCUUUCCUCUUCCCUCCUCUCCUCUCCUUCUCUUUCCUCCUCUCCUCUCUCCUUCUCUUUCUUCCUCUCCUCUCUCCUUCUCUUUCCUCCUCUCCUCUCUCCUUCUGUUCCCUCCUCUCCUCUCUCCUUCUCUUUCCUCCUCUCCUCUCUCCUUCUCUUUCCUCCUCUCCUCUCUCCUUCUCUUCCCUCCUCUCCUCUCUCCUUCUCUUUCCUCCUCUCCUCUGUCCUUCUCUUCCCUUCUCUCCUCUCUCCUUCUCUUUCCUCCUCUCCUCUGUCCUUCUCUUUCCUCCUCUCCUCUGUCCUUCUCUUUCUUCCUCUCCUCUCUCCUUCUUUUUCCUCUUUUCUCUUUUUAAUCUUUCCUUCAGUUUGCCGUCUCUCACACACUCUCAUCCUCAUGUUUUUUUCUGUGUGUGUGUGUGUGUGUGUGUGUGUGUGUGUGCGUGUGUGCGUGCGUGUGUGUGUGUGUGUGUGUGUGUGUGUGUGUGCGUGUGCGCUCGCUCUAGGUCUGGUUGAUCGAUGUCAGUCAGUCCGUGGAGCCCACCCACCCUCAUGGUCUGGAGUUCCUCUUCAGAGACUGCAGGAACGUUUCCACGGUAACAGUGACUUUGCAGCUCAGGUUGAACUUUUACACACGAAGGUUCAAAAAAGAUCCAGAAGGUCUUUAAAAGAAACUCAAAGAGGCUGAAAACAGCUGAUAUAUGUUUGAACUCACAUCUCUGACAUCUCCUCUGACAUCUUCUCCACCGCUCAGAGGAGUCCGAGCGUCUCUCCUCAGACCGAUGAUGUCAUGACGGGAGCGUUUCUGUGUUGACUGAUUUCUAACCUCCUUCACGUGUCGCUCGUGUUUCAGUUCUUCCAGAAGAGGGGGGUGAGUGAGGCGUUGAGCGUGUACGACCUUUUCAACGCCGUGAGCGGCCUGAACAUCCCUGUGGGCGCAGAAGAAGAGGCGGAGUUCAUCGCUGAGGUAACGGACUGUCAGGUUUUAGAUGGUCAGCAGGACUCUCCUCCUACAGAGCCGUGAUGUUGUAUCUCAUGAAGGUUCUUCUUUGUGGUCCCUCACAGAUCGUGGCUUUGGAGAAGAGAAACGAGGACCACGUCCAGAGGCUGGGGAGGAAAACCUUCGCCGUUUCCUCGGAGGAUUGCGGUCCUCCUUUACAACCCGACGUCGAUGAUUAACGCCCCGCCCAGCUCGCUCUGUCUUCACCAUCCCGCUGUGUUGAUAUCGCUGUUAGGAGGAGAUGAAUGGAGGAGGCUCCAGACCGCAGAAGCUUUUUCUGGGCGGGGCUAAGGGUGGGUCCUCAUUUUUCUGGACCAACCAGACCGUGGUCCAGCCUCGGAGGCUCCUCCCUCUCUGUAAGGAGCAAAAAUGUGGCAGCAGAAGAAGAAGAGGAGGAGGAGUUUUAAUCAUUUGGGGCGGAGUGAAGGUUUUUAAAAAACUCCGGAGGAGGUCUGAACAGAAAGGGUUAAUACAGACGACCAAUCAGAGAGCUUCUUUAAACUGACAUUAACUUUCACUGUUUACCGUUAACAAAAUAAAAUCAGUAUGAGCAAAAAUA